AUGGUCAUCCCAAAAUCUAUCAUCUCCAUUUGGGACUCUUUUAAACCCUCAUCAUGUCGGCCACAAACAACGGAGAAGCAGCUGGUGAUCUUACCACCACCAACACCAGCAGCAACAACAACACAGACAACCAUGUACCAGCAGCUGGCUCUGGCGCCGGGAGUUUGGGCCGUGGCGGUAGCAGAGGAGGACGACGACGACGACAAGGACGAAGACAAGGGCGGCCGGCACCCUGGAAAGAUGACUAACACUUUCACAGUGGAUCGAAGAAUUCGCGGCGGCGUGGUCACUGUCCCAACCAUUGCGGGGCAUAACAACGACGGGACAUUGUCCUGUAAACAACUAAGAGAAGCUCUAAAGAUGGGCACCGUGACCCCAGAAGAGUUGAUUAUGCAAAACCAGCGGCACCAAGCUCAGCAACAGCAACAGCAUCAACAUCAGCAUCAACAAGAAGCUGCGAAAGAAGAAGAGCCAGAGAUGGUAGAGCUGCAGGAGCAGCUUGAAGAGCUCCAACUAGAGCCGGAAGAAGAAGAGGAAGUACGGGAUGAUCUUUUGUCAAUUGCUUCGUUAAAUCUUAGUUAA